UUAUCACUUAGAGCGGUUCGUUCGUCCGGAGCGAACAGUUAGUAGCCGAAUAGCCUGUCGAUACCAGUAGCACGAUCAAUCGAGUGUUUAACGUUUCUGCUAUUCAAGGCGUGCUCGAUGACCUUGCGCUAAUUUAAAGGCACGAGACGCUCGCAUCACUAUGAUUACUGCAUUCGUGUAAACACUCUGCGAGCGAGCGCAUGUAGAGUUCUUACUGAUAUGUCAGUGGCGGCAUUUCCCGUUGAAAAGGAAUAUGAGAACGUGCCGGGUCUCAAAGGUGAUGUUCAAAAGAUUCGAGAAUGGUUGACCACACAGUCACAUCUACCGCAUAUGUAUAUUACAGACUUAGAUAUAAUAUUUGCAUACAACUAUUGUGAAGGCGAUAUUGAGUCCACAAAGCGGGUGAUUGACCUCAAUUAUACUCUUAGGACCUUGUUAAGUUUUUAUUCUAAUAGAAAUGUAGAUAACUCUGUAGAAAGGGCUCUAAACACAUGGUUAAUCACCCCUUUAAUUAAACCGUCUUUGAAAGGAUACCGAGCUAUCUAUUGUUAUUUAUUGGACCCAGAUAUAAAAAAUUUCGUCUACAAAGACGCUGUCAGGACUUUUGUAAUGCUAAUGGAUCUGUGGCAAUAUGAGGAAGGGACACUACCGGAGAUAGCAGUGAUAGUGGAUAUGGACAGAGUGACUCUUAGUCAUAUAUCGGCAAUCGACGUGGCCGUAGCGCAGCAGUUUUUUUAUUACCUACAGGAAGCAAUGUUCAUUCGUCUUAAGGAGUUUCACUUCAUUAACGCGCCGAAGUUCGUGGACAAAAUGCUUUCCAUGGUAAAACCGGUCUUGACUGAGAAAAUGCUGGACCGCCUGAAGGUCCAUGCGGUUGGUUCUGACACUCUGGAACAGCAUAUGCCUCGAUCUGCGCUACCAAGGGAAGGGGGAGGAGAUUAUAAAGACGUAAAAACAUUGCGAGAUGAAAUAUGGAAUAAACUCAAAGCCAACACACAGUUCUUCCAAGAAGAGUCUCUGAAAAGAGUCGACGAGUCGAAAAGGCCGACCGGCCCUCAUACGAUUAGCACAUUCUUCCCGAGUAUCGACGGGUCCUUCAAGAAUCUUACUAUUGACUAGGUUUCUUUUAUGAAUUCCCUCGUCAUUUAAUGGCGUUUUUAAAAUGAAGUUAAUGUUAAGUGUUUAGGAAUAUUUGCAGUCUGUAAAAUAUUCUUAUAAGUAUAAUAAUUAUUACGGUGUGAUGAUAUGUAGUUAUGUUAGUGUUAAGCAGUAUUUGUUUACUCAGAUGUGUUAAGGUAUGUCAAUUUUGAUUAUUAUUCAACGAAAUGUAGAGUACCUA